AUGGGCACCUCACCAAUCUCGCUGAGGGCCAUCCUCGGCUUCCUCUUCGCAUUCAUCCAACUCACUUAUGCCCUGAAAUUCGACCUCGUCGCCACCUCCGGCGGCGGCAAGAACGAGCGAUGCAUCCGCAACUUCGUCUCCAAGGACCAGCUCGUCGUUGUUACUGCCACCGUUGGUGGUACAAAGGGUGAUGGCCAGAAGGUCAAUAUUCACAUUAAGGAUGCUAUGGGCAACGAUCACGGCCGUCCCAAGGAUGUUGUCGGCGAGACACGUCAGCUAUUCACAUCGCCUGCAGACACAGCUUUCGAUGUCUGCUUCGAGAACCAACUUAUGGGCCACAACAGCAUCGCAAACCCCAGCCGCCCGAUCGAACUCGAUGUCGAUAUUGGCGCCGACGCCCGCGAUUGGAACAGCAUUCAGUCACAGGAGAAGCUUAAGCCCGUUGAGACAGACCUCCGCCGCAUUGAGGAGAUGGUCGCCGAUAUCGUUACCGAGAUGGAGUACCUGCGUGCGCGUGAGCAGCGUCUGCGCGAUACCAACGAGAGCACUAAUGAGCGUGUGAAGUGGUUCGCUUUCGGAACCAUGGGUAUGCUUGUCGGGCUUGGUGCUUGGCAGGUUGUUUAUCUGAGGGCUUACUUUAGCAAGAUGUCCGCGCCACGCAUGCUCCAUCGCCUUGCGCGACCAGUGCCAUCAUCUCUGAGCACAAUUACAAGACUAAACCGCCAAUUCGGUACCUCAGCUCUACGCCUCAAAGAUGCCAGCGAUGAAGCUGCUGCGGCGAACAAGGCGUACCGCGCAGAACAGGCUGGAAAGUCUCCCAACCAAUUCAUUCCCAACACAACCUCCACUAUGACCAAGGACUUCCCCAGCGUCGGCAACAAGCCCCCGCCACCAGAGAUGCUGAACUCUGUCGAGCCCAACUACAGACCCUCGGAUCCUUACCCCGGAAGGAUUGAGCAUUUCACCGGUGGUCGCCAGGACGACGGUGCACAGAAGCCCGAGCUUGGUGUUGGUGAGAUGGAGGGCAUUACGUUCAAGGUUGAGCCCUUGAAGCGUGUUGGAGAGGAAGCCGCCACGAAGAGAGCGCGUCUACUAUAUCAAAGCCGCAAGCGCGGAAUCCUGGAGUCGGACUUGCUCCUCUCCACUUUCGCCGAUGUCUACCUGGGCAAGAUGAACUACGACCAGCUUGUCGAGUAUGAUAGCUUCCUCGAUGAGAAUGACUGGGACAUUUACUACUGGGCGACACAGGACCCGCCUGAGGAAAUCUCCGCCUCCGCUCCCAAGGAGGAUACCAUCACCGAGAAUUGGAAGGAGACCGGUGCCAAGAGCGGUGAAUGGGCACAGACUAUUGGAGCUUUCAGAGCGGCUUACCGGCCUGUUCCAUCACGCUGGAAGGGCUCUGAGGUCCUUACAUUGCUCCGUGAGCAUGUUCGUGACAAGAGCGCCACUGGCUUUGAAAAGGCCAAGAAUAAGAAGACUGGUGGUGGUGGUGGCUUGGGGAGAAUGCCUGAUGUCCAAUUGUUCAAGUCCUAA